AUGGCCAGCGCUGGGCCUUCCUUAAAGCCCCACAUUGAAAAGUUCCUGGGCGUGCUACUGCAGGAAAGCGCAUCGCUCCCCCCAGCGGAGAGGGAGAGGGUGGCGGCAGUGGCGGAGUGCGUGCGCGCACAGGCCUUGAAACUGCAGCAGCAGGCGCGGGGAAGGCGGGAGAGGGAGCGGAGGGAGGUGCGGAGGGCGUGGCAGGGAGAGAGGCAGCGCAUGCAUGAGGCUGCUGUAGCCGCAGGGAGUGGGGGAUAUGGGCGCGGAGGGGGGAGAGGUGGCGGGGUAACAGGGGGGGAAGCUGGCGCAACAGGGGGUGGUGCAGGUGGUGUUGGUGCUGGUGGGGUGGAGAGGGAUUUUCAGCGGUUGGGGUUAGAAAAACCAGGAGCAGAGGCAGGGACAGGGGCUGGGGCAAAGGCAGGAGCAGGGGCAGGUGGUAAAAAAACAGAUGAUUGGACAAUGGGAUGGGGCCUGGAUGACGGCUGGGAUGAGAAGGAGAAGGUUUCAGGGGGGAAGAGUGCUGCGGGUACGGGAAAAUUGGGAAGCACAGCUGUUGGUACUGCUGCUGCUGCUGGUACCGGUGCUGGUGCUGCUACUGGUGCUGGUGCUGCUGGUGCUGGUGCUGGUGCUGGUGCUGGUGCUGCUGGUGCUGGUGCUGGUGCUGGUGCUGGUGCUGCUGGUGCUGGUGCUGGUGCUGCUGGUGCUGGUGCUGGUGCUGGUGCUGGUGCUUGUGCUGGCGUUACAGAGGAUGAGGAGGACGAAGAGGAGGAGUAUAUGAUGAGAGGUGGCGGAAGGGGUGGUAAGGUAGCAGCAUCUAGCCGUCCUCCCUUUGCCUCUGGAGGGUUUUUCAAUGAGGACGAAGAGGAGGAGGACGAGGGGGAGGGGGAAGGAUUUGGGGGAGCAGGGAGCGGGUUCGGAGGAGGGGGGUUCGGUGGAGGGGGGUUCGCAGGAGGGGGGUUUGGUGAUGGGGGCUUCUUUGGGGGUGAGGAGGGAGAGGAGGAGGAGGAAGAGGAAGAGGGUGGGUGGGGGCAGAAUGCGGGGUCUUGUGGUGUUGGUGUUGUUGUUGGUGGUGGUGGUGGUGGUGGUGAUGAGAAGGCGAGGCUUGGUGUGGAGCAAGGGGAGCAAGGGGCAGGAGGCAGUGGUGGUGAUGAUGAUGUGAAGAUCGAUGAGGAGGAUGCUAGGCCUGGUGCUGCGGCAGUUGCUGCUGCCACUGCCGAAAACUCUGAUUCUGCUGCUGCCACUUCUGAUGCAUCUAAGGUGGACGCGAGAGAGGAGGAGCAAGCUGGAGUUUUGACUACCAACGAAGCUGGUGCUGCUGCAGCUUCACCAGAUGACCAAGAAAAGGAAGAGAAGGAAGGAAAAGAAGGAGGAGAAGGAGGGGAAGCAGUAGAAGCCAAGGCAGCCGAAGCUGCAGUGGCAGAACUACCCGUGUCAUUCGGACCAGGGCAAGCAGCAGCAACAACAGCAGCAGUACCAACAGCAGCAGUACCAGCAGUAGCAGCAGCAGCAGCAGCAGCAGCAGCAGCAGCCGCAGCACCACCAGCAGCAGCAGCCGCAGCACCACAGGCCACUCUGCCGCAGCCCACCAUCCCUCAAAACCCCCCAGCUCAACCAACCCCGCCUCCAGUAAAAGUAACCCGUGAGCCGGUGCCGUUUGCAGCGGCAGUGGCGGGUAUUCCCGAGGACGAGCGCAUUGCCGUGCUGUGGGAGCUCCUGACUGCAUUCAUGUCAGAUGAACAUACUUCUGGUGGCGGUGGUGGUGCGGGUGCUGCUGCUGGUGCUGCAGGUGGUGCUGGUGGUGGUGGUUCUGGAACAGGGGAUGCAGCAGCGCAGAGCGUGCAGGCAGGGGGUCACAUCACGUGUCUCUUUGGAUCUGCUGCUGCUGCUGCAGCAGCAGCAGCAGCAGCAGCAGCAGCAUAUGACAUGCACGUGCGGAUCGAUCAGUCAGCAGUGGAGUGGCAGCCUGUUUCCCCAUCAGGCUGCAAUGGAGUGCAUGCUAGCAGCAGCAGCGUACAUACCGCUCUCCCCACAUGCGGAUCGACGAGGCAGCAGCCCCAUACCACCCUCCCAGCUUGCCUCUCCUUCCCUGUCCUGCCCGUUUCAAUUCAACCAUCACCUCACCCCUUGCCCCACCCCCCACCAGGCUGCAAUGGAGCGCAUGCUAGCAGCAGCAGCGUACAACGCCCAAGCGCAAAUCGACCAAGCAGCAGCAGCCUUACCCCACCCUCUCUGCUCGCCUCUCCCCUCCGUAUCCUGCUCUAUUACCCCAUCACCCCCCACCAGGCUGCAAUGGAGCGCAUGCUAGCAACAGCAGCAUACAACGCACAGGUUCAAAUCGACCAGGCAGCAGCAGCAGCCGCAGCAGAGAAAGCCAAGGCAGCACAGGCAGGCAACCGCAAGUGGGGCGGGUGGGGGCGAGCCAUGAGCAUAGGCGCGGCUGCAGUGGGGACAGGCGCGCUGCUGGCUGUGACUGGGGGGCUGGCGGCGCCUGUGCUGCUCGCGGGGAUGUCUGCUGCUGGGUCGGUGAUUCCGGUGGCCGGGGGGAUUAUCACUGGCGCUGCUGCGCUGGCUGGGACCACUGUGGGCUCUGCUGCUGUCAUUGGCGCGUUUGGUGGUGAGUGGGGGGUGGGGAAGGGAAGAGUGGGAGGGAGCAGCGGGCUGAUGGCGCGGCGGUUAGGCGAUGUGGAGGAGUUCAAGUUCGUGCCACUCGCCAAUGCUGAUGCUGUUGCCCCCCUUCGCCCUCCUGCUGUUGCCCCCCCCGCGGGUGCCCGCAUGGGCAGCUACAAGAUGGCGCGGCGCCUGGGAGAUGUGGAGGAGUUUAAAUUCGUGCCACUGGCCAAUGCUGAUGCUGUUCGCGCCAUGGGCGUUGCUGUGGGGCGACGGGGAGGGGGAGGGGGAGGUGGGGGAAGAGGAGGAGGUGGAAGGGGUGGGGGAGGGGGACGAGGGGGGGCGGUGGACAUGUGGGGGAGACCGGUGUCAUCUGGUGAUGCUGGUGGUGGGAGAGGAGGAGGAGGUGGUGGUGAUGAUGAUGAGGACGGUGUUGGGAAGCUAUCGGUGGCAGUGGUGGCAGCGGGGUAUGUGCUGAACACCAAGGACUUUGUGGAGCCAUGGCUGUCCCUGCCCACUGACACUGAACAGUUCGCUGUGGUGUGGCAGUCAGCGGAUCUCAUAACAUCAGGCAGGGCCAUCAACGACUGGCUCAUGUCCACGGCGGUGCAGCGGUCAGUGGUGACGGGGGGAACGAUGGUGGCGGUGCAGGUGCUGGGGGCGUCUGUCAUGUGGCCCAUCACGCUGCUCACUGCCGCUGCUUCCAUUGACGACAAGUGGAGCGUUGCUGUCAACCGCACGGACAAGGCCGGAGCAGUGCUGGCAGAUGUGCUGUUGGAGCGAACACAGGGAUCCAGGCCAGUGACGCUGAUAGGCUUCUCCCUUGGUGCGCGUCUCAUCUUCUCCUGCCUCACCCACCUUGCUGCUAAAGGCCAUGCUGCAAUGGGGGUGGUGGAGCGGGCAGUGUUACUGGGAGCGCCAGUGGCAGCACGAGACAGCUCCGCAUGGGAGGCAGCGCGACGGGUUGUCUCGGGUCGUUUGGUGAACGGCUACUGUGAGAAGGACUGGGCGCUGGGCCUCAUGUACCGCACCAGUUUCCUGCUUUCAGGAGUUGCAGGCAUUCAAGCGGUCAAGGUUAAGGGAGUUGAGAACGUGGAUCUCACGCCUCUGGUGGACGGACACACGAGCUACCUGUCGGGAGUGCCAGCCAUUGUGGAUGCUCUGAGCAUCGACUCGCCUCUCGCGGCCACGCCGGCGGACGUGCUGCGAGCAGCCAAGGAGUGGAAGGAGGAGGAGAGCCUUAUAUGA